CCUGUUAGAUACCUCUAGCCAACUUCUUCCCUCCAGACUUAAGACUCCUUCCUCCAGCUGUGGGAUUCCUGCAUCUGCAAUCAUUUCUGUCUUCACUCCUUCCUAUUCUUACUCUCGGCCCUAGCCCUCUCUUUCCACCACGUGCUGGAAGCAGUCUUUCCGUAGUCACUUUUACUUUUCCCUCUCUAGAGAAAGCCCUCUAACACAACCCUCUAAAGGCCCACCCCCACUCCUUUUGAGUUCUGCCCUCUCUUUUGAUUUCUUGCUCAUUCACAUGCUAGUGCCCCAGGUCACCCGCUCAGAGAUAGGUUCUGAUUGGGGUCCCAGCUUCGCAGCACCAAAAAGACCACAUCCUCCUCUUCUUUGACCCAGGGGACCCACUGGAUGUCAAAAGGAGAUAUAUGAAUCCUGCCCCAGACAGGCGUGAGAGAGCCUUUAAAGAGUUUAAACUGAUGUAAAUGGUGGCAUUUACCACUGUUUCCAGCACUUUCAUGGAAUGUGUUAAGAGAGGGUCCUGUGACUCAAGGAUAUUCCCAGCCAUGCCUCUGUCCAGUUAGUUCUGUGAUGAGACAGGGCAGAAUGAGAUCUGCCAGAUACAGUAUGUUAACGAAUAGUUAAGGAUCUGUGUGUUUUCUAAAAGGGAAAUUUGCUUCUUCCAGAAUUCUCUAGGUUCUAGGCUAAUAGGAAACAGCAGAGCGAUCAUUUCUGUAUAAAUUUAAGUAUAAAGUGACCCUUUAGUUCACCAGCUUUUAAUAUUCUUUACAAAGAACGAAUGUGAUUAAUACUAUUCCUAGCCUUGAGCCCAGGCCACAUUUUUCCAUGCCUAGCAUGAACAGACAAAAUGCAGGGAAAAGCUAAAUUAUGUCUUAGCCGUUGCAGCAGAUGGAUAUUUGGGUGUAUGAGGAAGUCUGUGGGCGCGGGGAUCCCAGACUUACGCACACACUCAGAUAAUUUCUUGACUACGAGAGCAGGUUGUCCACUUGCUGGAGAAAUUAAAUAGACCCAGGAGUGUCAUGGUACUGUACUGGUUCUAACUGUAACUACAUUGGUGAUGUUAAAAACAGUAUACUGUCAUACUCAUUGCUGAGAUACUUUAAGCAACAGCUCUUGGAUAAAUACGGGGAAUUUACCUGGAAUUCGCCUCCCAUGAUGGUAUUAAUCAUGUUUAACAUAACACUGUUUACAGUUUAUAGAACCACCAUAUAUGUUGUCUUGUUUGACAAUGAGUCUAAAUUAAGCUAGGAAGGCUUUAGUGAUCCCAUGUUAUGAUGAAGAAACCAGAGGUUCAGAGUGGUUAAGUGAGUAGUUACCCGAUAUCCUGUGGCUAAUCAUUUUCCCCUGAGAUUAGAAAACAGGUGUCCUAAUUCUUAAUCCAGGACUGAGAACCCCUUUACAUUUUACUGCCUACAUUUUUAAAAUGCUUCAUUUAGAGGAUAUCCUUCUAAUCCCCACCUUUUUGUUGAUAAUGUUUUACUUCCUCUGAAUUUUGAGAAUGAUCCCUUUUUGUACCCUUUUCCAAAACCCACACUUUUAAUUUCCUCUAUUUCUUUUCUUGGUCUCAGUGAAAUUACUGCCAGUGGACUGUGAGACAAAAACAGAUGAGUUCUGUCAGGCCAAGCAGAAGGCGGCCCUGCUGGAGCUGCUGCACGAGCUCUACAACUUCCUGGCCAUCCAGGCGGGUAAUUUUGAAUGUGGAAAUCCAGAGAAGCUAAAGAGCAAGUGCAUUCCUGUCAUGGAAGCCCAGGAAUAUAUAGCAAACGUGACCAGCAGCUCCUCCACCAAGUUUGAAGCCGCGCUGACCUGGAUACUGAGCAGUAACAAGGACGUGGGCAUCUGGUUGAAAGGGGAGGACCCGUCUGAGCUGGUGACCACGGUGGACAAGGUGGUCUGCCUGGAGUCCUCGCGGCCCCGCAUGGGUGUUGGCUGCCGCCUGAGCCGCGCCCUGCUCACAGCUGUAACCAACGUGCUCAUCUUCUUCUGGUGCUUGGCGUUCCUGUGGGGGCUCCUGAUCCUCCUGAAGUACCGGUGGCGGAAGUUGGAAGAGGAGGAGCAGGCCAUGUAUGAGAUGGUGAAGAAGAUCAUAGACGUGGUCCAGGACCACUACGUGGACUGGGAGCAGGACAUGGAGCGCUAUCCCUACGUGGGCAUCCUGCACGUGCGCGACACCCUGAUCCCGCCACAGAGCCGGAGGCGCAUGAAGCGGGUGUGGGACCGGGCGGUGGAGUUCCUGGCCUCCAACGAAUCCCGGAUCCAGACUGAGUCCCACCGCGUGGCCGGGGAAGAUAUGCUGGUGUGGAGAUGGACUAAGCCCUCUUCCUUCUCUGACUCAGAGCGAUAAACCCUGGGCGGGGGCUGGUACCUAAUCAGCCUGUCCCAGGCCAGUCCACUCCGGGAUGCGAGAGGGCCACGCCCUGCUGGUGCUGAAUUCACACUUGCCUUGAUUCACCCGCCUCCUGACCUUGGUUCAAAGGUGUGAGACUCUGCAGAGACGGGCUCUGUGGGAAAACGUGAGCGUCCUCAGGGGGCAAGGGAAGGAGACAGGGGGCAGCUGCCUCUGCAUCUGGCCGAUCCGCUCUGCCCAGUGUUGCUCGCAGAAAGAGGAGACGGGUUGGUUUUUCACGAAGAAAUAAAAGCGCAGGGGCCAUGAGCCCCUGCAGAGCAAGUGUGCGCCUGGUGGGCCCACCGCACCUGCGGGAGGUGGUUUGGGGUGGCAGGCUGGGGCAGCAGGGCGCGGGGAGCAGCUUGGUCAUGUGCCUUCUCGGGGUGUUCCUGGGGAUCCCAGGAGUGAGGGAGAAAGCCUCCUUGAGCUGGGUGGGGCCUGUGAUCCCGAGGGGAAGGGGCUGGAAGUUAGAACUAAGUACCCCAGGAGAACUGUUUAGACACGGCCUAGGCGCGCCCCGGCUCUGGCUGGGGGCCUGAGCAGGUGGGGUGACCUCCCGGAAGGAACCCUCCAGAGAGGCCAGUCGGGCUGCCGCCAGCUGGGUGGCCCCGAGGAGCCUGGAACUCCCGGUGGGUGAGGAUCGCUGAGUUGACAGUGACCACCCCACCUCCCCACCCCGGGGCGAUUUGCCGGAACCUCUGCUGUUGGGUUCCAGGUAGGGGUGAGGCCGACCCAGCACCCCCAAACCCUCGCAGGGGCCUGAUGAGCUCAGGGCCGGGGGCCCCUCCGGCUGAGCUGCAUCCCCGCAGGCUCUCGUCCGCAGCGGGCCGUGGAGGGGGUGAGCCGAGGAGAUGGAACAGCUGCCUCCAAAAGGCGUUAAGCAGCUCUCUCUGGUCUUACUGGUCUUUUUUGUUUCCUUAAUAAAGCACCAGUCUCCCUCAUUUGAGCAAUACUCUCUCAUUUCCUCUGAUGUCUGGGGUGAUGGGCGGGCCUGGAAUCCCAGCGCCUGCCCCGUGGCAAAGCAGGUCUCAUAAGCGGGCUCCAGCCAGAAGAAACUGCAGCAGACUUCACUAUCAGGGCUGAAACUGUUGGAUAAAUAAAUACUUAUUAAAAAUGGA